AUGGAGAAUGGCCCUUCCUCCGAGGGGAAAGACCCGUCGGCAUUCCUGGGCGAAAUCAUCGGCGCGCCAGUGAUUGUGAAAUUGAACUCGGGCGUGGUCUACAAAGGCGAGUUGCAAUCUGUCGAUGGCUACAUGAAUAUCGCCUUGGAGAAAACAGAGGAAUUCGUGAAUGGCAAGCUGCGGCGCAAAUACGGUGACGCCUUUGUCCGGGGGAACAACGGUAUGUGUUGCGACUGGCCUGGAAAUGGUGCUGUGCUGACUACUGGAUUGCAGUGCUUUACAUCUCUGCCAGUUGAAGAGGGAAUUGGUUGUUCUAAGAAAGAGAGACAGAGUUACGAAUUAUAA